GAAAGUUUAAAAAAAAAUAGCUGUCCCCAUUCCUCCGUGUUCAGGGCUCUUUCCACUACAGCAGGAUUCAAGAACCUAAAUCUGGAGAGAUCUUCACAGAGGAAGGGAGAGAGAGAGAGAGAAGUAUCAAUGAUGAGAGAGAACCAUCGAUCGGCUGCCUCCUGCACGCCCCCCACUGGGGACCAAGCCCACAACCCAAGCAUGUGCCCUUGAUCAGAAUUGAACCUGGGACCCUUCACUCCACAGGCCAAUGCUCUAUCCACCGAACCAAACCAGCUAGGGCCUGCCUUCUAUCUUUAUUGCAUUUUCUACAUCCAGACUUAAACUGGGAGGAACUUCCAGAACACUGAAGUUAGUCUGAGUUCAAUUAACAGGAAGAGAGAAGACUGUACAUUUCAUGAUCCCCUAAUGGCCCCCACGUUUGUUGAUCUCUAUUUGAAUGCUGUAAAGCAUCUAGGAUUUGGGGGCAAUUAGGGGACAAACAUCCCACUUUUUCUCUGUGGCUCAGGGCUACUUUUUAUUCUUGGGAAGGCACUCUGCUUGCUUCCUCACGUAGACCAGGGAUGGCUCAGGUGUGGAGCAGAUUUAUUUCUUAAAUAUUAAUUAAUUACUUAAACAACUAAUUAAUUUCUUAACUUGUUAAAAGUCUCCAACCUAGGGUAUAUGGAGAUCACAAAGACUUUAUCUAAGGAGUGCAUAGGCACAGGCAGUUUUAGGAAAUGAGUUUCUCAAUUUUCAUCUUCCCCAAGUACUCUUUCCCCAAACUGAGUGUGCCUGAGAAUGUGCCUUCCAGGCAAGGCUCUUGGGGUUCCCCUAGAACACUUCCUCUUUUAGUAUUGCUUUCUUCCACUUCAGAAAAGCCCACCUGUCACCCAUGAAUACAGUGCAUUGCCCCACAGUGUAAAAACCUCCAUAACCCCAUAAGUGGCCUUGUUCUCCACUUUUUUCUUUUGAUUCUGCUGAUACCGUCCUGCUCUCGUCAGCCUCCAACCCGCUCUCUCCUUGAGCCCAAGCACCAUGCCUGCAAUUAAAUUGCAGAGUUCUGAUGGAGAGAUAUUUGAAGCUGAUGUUGAAAUUGCCAAACAAUCUGUGACUAUCAAGACCAUGUUAGAAGAUUUGGGAAUGGAUGCUGAAGGCGAUGAUGACCCAGUUCCUCUACCAAAUGUUAAUGCAGCAAUAUUUAAAAAGAUCUUUCAGUGGUGCACCCACCACAAGGAAGACCCUCCUCCUCCUGAGGACGAUGAGAACAAAGAAAAGCGAACAGAUGAUAUCCCUGUUUGGGACCAAGAAUUGCUCAAAGUUGACCAAGGAACACUAUUUAAACUUAUUCUGGCUGCAAACUAUUUAGACAUCAAAGGUUUGCUUGAUGUUACACACAAGACUGUUGCCAAAAUGAUCAAGGGGAAAACCCCUGAAGAGAUUCGCAAGACCUUCAAUCUCAAAAAUGACUUUACUGAAGAAGAGGAAGCCCAGGUACGCAAAGAGAACCAGUGGUGUGAAGAGAGUGAAAAGUUUGUCUGACACUCUAAGGAUUGUUUCAAAUACUAGUUGCCCUGCUCUAUUUAUAAUUGUUAAUAUUAGGCAAACAGAAGACAAAUGCAGCAGCAAAUCAAUUGUAUUAGCAGAAUUUUGUCCUCAUUGCAUGUGUAGUUUGGGUACAGAUUCCAAACCUAUGGCUGAGUUUUUUCCAGUAUGAUCAAAAGCAGGGGUCCUCAAACUAUGGCCCGCGGGCGACAUACAAAUACAAAUAUUGUAUUUGUUCCUGUUUU